UGCCUCAUUACAGCUGCGCUGUGGUCCGGACUAGCCCUCUCACUACGCCAGCGUCCCAGCCUGUUGCUCUAACUAACUGGUGUCCGUGUAAACAGAAAUAGCUGUCACUCUUCAUUCUGAGGGACACGAGUUAACAGCUGUAGCUGGUGGCAAGAGAAGAUGAGUUGUUCACAGAAACCACUUCCAGGUAGGCGGCCAGGUACAGCUCGUUCUUUUGUGACAGAGUUUGAUGGAUCUGGCCAAAUAAACCCAAGCCCCGUCACUGCUGUGGACACAGACUUACUGGUUGAACUUUACCUUUCUCCAGAAAAGCUGAGGAGUCUGUCUGGAUCUGAUGAUCUAGAUCAAGUCACAACCCUAGAGAUGUGUGUUGACACCCGGCAGAACACCUUAGGCAACUUUGGUGUGUACUUGCCCAAUCUUGUGCAGCUGAAAAUGAACAACAGUUUGAUCUUAUCUGUGCGGGAUCUCGGAACCACUCUCUCCCACAUCCAAGUGCUCUCUCUGGUUCGCUGUGGCCUGGCCGACUUGGACGGAAUCCUUUCGCUCUCCUUACUUAAGGAGCUGUAUGUGGCCUACAACAAUGUGUCGGAUCUGAGCCAGAUCAGCAUGCUGGAACAGCUGGAAAUGCUGGAUCUUGAGGGCAACAGUGUGGAUGACCUGGUCCAGGUGCAGUACCUGGGACUCUGUGGGCAGCUCAGAACCCUGUCCCUGGAGGGAAACCCUGUAUGCACGUGCCCCCACCCAGGAACAUCAGAGGUAUCUGAGUACAACUAUAGGUCUGCUGUGAGGAAGCUGAUUCCACAGCUGCAUUACCUGGAUGAUGCUCCAGCAGAGAAUGAGGAGCUUUGCUGCUCCAGCACUACGACGGAGGACUGGACUCUGUUCAAAGAGUCCAUUAAAGACAGUGCAUCCAUCACAGACAGUGCCAGCGACUGCCUGGAACUCAUAGAGGAGAGAGCCGCCUCUGUGUGUGGCUUUUCCCGCCCUUGCUCUGCCCAACGUCCAGGCACGAGUCUCAGCUUCAGUAGCCUCUCCAGUCGCCCUGCAACCGCUAGGCCUCCCUCAUUGUCCACUAGCUCGAGACCUGGCUCAGCUGGCACUGAUCCUGACACCCCUGACCAUGAGACCAGUGACCUAACACAUGGGGUAGGAAGGGUUCUCUUUUGUGGGAAUCCACUUCAAGCCGUUCGAGCACGACGUCAGAAAAUAAAGCUCCAAGUUGGCAGCUCCCACUCCAGGCCAUGUACUCAGCUGGGUAGUUAUGUUCCUGAACACACGUACGAUGUAGAAGAGACAAGCAGUCAGGACCGCAGCAGCGUCUUUGCUGAACUCAGAGCCUGGAGAGAAGAGCACAGCAAACGUCUUUUGGCCAUUGAGAAAGAUCGCCAGCCACAGGUUCUGAGAAUCAUCCAUGGUGAUGAUGAUGAAGAAGAAGAGGACGAUGAUGGCAGCAGUACUGAGUAUGAUGAAGGAGGCCACAAAUACAACCCUAUCAGUGAUAGAGAAGAAGAAAUAAAGGGGGGGAGAGAGAGUACUAGCCACAGAUAUAUUGACUCUCCAGAUUCCUCUUUCCAAUCUCCUUCACCAGAUCUGUCUGAGCCAGGUGCUCUUUCCCCAGAGGUGUCCAGACUUUCUUCGUUAUCAGACCACACCCCUUCUCCACCAUCCAGAGACAUGCCACCCACUAGUGGGGGGAGGAUAGCAGAGAUCCGGGCCCGUAGACUGAGAGUCAGUAAUGCAAGUGUUGGUAUACAUAAUCCUACAGGCGAAUUCUUUUUACCAAAUCCAACAGCAGCAAGAAGGGAUGCAAACAUUAAGGCUGUGAAUGUGGAGACUGUGAAAACUCAACCUGUCCCACCUCAAAUCCUCCGCAAGCCUCACAGACCAGACUCCAACCCUGUGAUCUCCACUUUUAAGGAAACUUGUGCAGGACCACCUGAAGGAAAUAGUUUGUCUAUCAAAAAGCAUGAGCAGAUUGUACGCUCCCUGGUGCCCCAGAGGCCAACACCUACACGCCCUCAUACAGCGAGAGCCGCUCUGCAGAGACUUCCUGGCCACCGAACUCUCCUCCCCGGCAGAGGGAGCCCCCACCUGGACUGAGGUCUUCUGCGCCGAGACACUGUGGGCUGAUCUGUGGAGAACUGUCUCUUGAGGAUGUGAUGAGAUUGCCCAUCUGCUCAUGGACCUUAAGAAAAAACAUACAGACACAUGCUCAAUUAAGGAAAACUGAAUAAUGUUCUCUCUUAGUCAGUGAGAAUCAAUAACCAUGCUGUUAGGAUGAUAUGCCUUGGAUAAGUGGACAAAUUGAAAAAAACACUGUUUUUUCUUUGUUUUCUAUUGAAAUGUUGGUCUUUAGUCUUCAAACUAGUAAAAUUUCCAUAAUUUUCAACAUCCUAAAGAUUACACUCUACAAUUACCUUCAUUUAGUUAUUAAAUAGCUGUAAAACAUUUUGGGUUGGGUUCCCAGACAAGGAUUAAGCCUAGUCCUGGACUAUAUUUCCCAUUAACCAGAGAAUGUCCGUCCAGAAUGCUAUGUGGUCCAAAACUUAAUGAGAUCUUAAUCCUUGUUUGGGAAACCGACCUAUUGUGUUACAAGUCCAUCUACCUAACAGCCACAAUUACCUUAAACCUGAUAUUGAAGAAAUAUUGUCUCUACCACUUGGGGGUGCUCUUUAAGUACCAACCAGCCUGUCUAAAAGGGCUUUUUACAUACACCUAGUGCUGAUACUGUCUGAAAUUUGAAACGUUUCUCUCAAUAUCACCUAUCUAAAUGGAAUUGUUAUGCUUUUCAUGUUUUGUUAUCAGGAAUGCUGUGAGAUAUUGCACAUCUGUGCUAUGACAGUCAAUCAGAGAGAUUUUUUGACAGUAAGUGAGAUUUCAUAACAGAUGACAGUGAAACCCAUGAACCCGGCAAUUCACUCUGAAGUUGAACUUGUGUUUUGACUAGAACACUAGUGAGCCCUAUCUUGUCUCCGCACGUGGACUUCCAUGUCGACACCAGGUGAGAAGCUUCAGUGUUGCUUUUGGAAUUUUGAGCAAGUCCAAUCGUGUAUGGCAGACCUCCGUGUGUGCGGAAAGGAAUUUCAAAUAGAGAUGAAAGACACACUUUGCCGCAUGUCACUCAAAUAUGCAGUUUUUAAAUCCAGCCAAUCUCAAAAUACAAAGACAAAACACAGCAAUUGUAGGCAAAUAGCAUUCAGUCAGUUAUCUGUCAGUGGCGAUAUGAGUUGACAUUAUGAUGUAUCUUGUGCUGAAACUGCUUUGAUAAUCAGUUGGAAGAUCAGUACAUGUCAGAGAACACCCAAAGCACAAUUUAUAUUGCUCAAAUGCUUCUC